ACGUCUAUGCUUGUUUAAUGGUUUAUGUGCGCAUAUAUAAAACCGUACAAGACCUGUUCUCGCAUCUUCUGAUAUUACCUUGUCAGAGACCAGAACCAGAGACCAGAUCCUUCCUUUGCAUUUGCUCAUCCUGUGCCAAGAAUAGAAACGCUUGCCAGUCUUUAUUCGCCUUCUUCAUCGAACUGAACAACGCGAACUGAUUUCUCUUCCUUCGCAUUCUAACUCCUCAUUGGAUUUUCUGACAAUUCUGGAAAAAAUAUUUCAUAAACGAUAUGCGCUUUUUUAUUCUCAUCCUACCGCUGGUAACAGCGAUUCCAUUAAAAAGUUUCGAUAAAAAGUAUGAUCUUGGCAUCGAGAAUGGAAAGUUGAAAUAUGUUAAACUCAUCGAACCGAGUGACACCGUUGAUCUUUCGAAUCUCGAACUGAAUGAGCUCGACAGAUAUGCCUUCGAGUACGUUACUGACGUGAAAACAUUGAAUUUGGCUGGCAAUUCCUUGAAAGAUUUGCCUCAUUUCGUCUUCUCGAACUUGACCGGAUUGAAGAAUUUAUCUCUGGCUAGAAACAAAAUCGUAAACGUUGAAAAUCUUUUUGUCGGAUUGACAAAUCUUAAUCAAUUAGACAUAUCUUACAAUCCGAUUUCUCAUCUACGACGGGGAUAUCUUUUUGGUUUAACCAAAUCUGUCGAGAUUUUAACCGAGGGUAACAUCUUUUGGAGCAUAAAUACAAACGUUUUCACAAAUGUGUUUCUAAAGGAGGACGAUGAAAAGGAAAAUCAAUUGAAAAUCAAUGAUAACGAGAAAGAGAGAUUGAUAGAAGCGAGCGAUAGAAAAGUUCGAGAAAUAGAGCUGGAACAGGAAAAUGUGAUUUUCCGAAGGUAUCAGAGAGAUAUCAACGGUCAACUCGGGGAAAAUCCCAGAGCGAAGCUCAGCAUGACGGAUGACGGUGUCGUAACGUCCAUCAGCGAUAUCGAUAAUAACGAAACUUUGGAAGGAGGAUGCCGAGAGGUGACCUUCGAUCACAAGAAGGGACAACUCGAGCUUCGUAAUAUGGGUAUUAAAUCCUUCCAAGAAGGUUGGUACAAGAUCCGUUCCUUUCCGGUCAGUUCCAUCGAUUUAUCCGACAAUGAUAUUACCGAGAUUACCAAAGAAGUACUCAACGAUUUGCCAAUGAGCGUCGAGUAUGUCAAUCUAGCUGCUAACAGGAUUAGUCAUUUGUGGAAGAACGUGAUAGAGAAUCGAUAUCUGAAGAGGCUUAAUUUCAAGGCUAAUUCCAUCGAUACCAUCGAGGAUAACAGUUUCAAUAAAACCAAUCUGGAAGGCCUUUUUCUCGCGGACAAUCAGCUUGACAAUCUCAAUUUUCUUCAUACUUUGCCCUCGACGUUAACCCAACUCAUUCUGACUAGUAAUCAAAUCGUCUCCAUCAAUCGUGGUGACUUCUCGAAUCUAAAACGUUUAACUUAUCUUAAUAUGGGCAAUAAUAAGAUUACUAAGCUGCAAAACAACGCUUUCGAGGGCCAGGAAAACCUUCCUGUACUGAUAUUGACCAGAAAUCGUAUCUCCGAGAUCGAACCAAGAGCCUUCUCGGAUUUGAAAAUGUUGACGACGCUUUAUCUCUAUCAAAAUCUUAUCAGCAAACUCGAUAAGGAUACAUUUACUGACCUUACUAAACUUCAAGACUUAAAUCUCAUCACGAACAAGUUUACAAUUAUAUCCGAAGAUACUUUUCCUCUUUUGCCAAAAUCUCUCAUGUCUUUGAAUCUUGAUGGCAAUGAAAUAAAAAGCUUGGAAAAAGGUAGCUUCGUCGAUACACCGCGAUACUCUUUAUCCUUAAACGAAAAUCAAAUAUCAAACAUUGCCCAAGGUGCCUUUAAACUUCCGAAUCUUCGUAAUUUGUAUUUAAACAACAAUACCCUUACCACCAUCAAUGGCGAUAGUUAUCAAGGUUUACCUCAGCUACAACAUCUUUCCCUUUCUGGCAAUCAAAUAUCGAAUAUCGAAAAGGGCUCUUGCAAAAAUCUCGCUGGUUUACAAAUCUUGGAUAUCUCUGGUAAUCCCUUUCAACAUCUUAAGAAUGGAGCUCUUUAUGGUUUGAACAUUGAAAAAGGCACAUUUCUCUAUAUUUAUGACAAUCAAUUGAAGUCUAUGUACGGUGGUGUGUUUGAAGAUGCUUAAACGUGUUCACGUUACGAAUAUUUAAAACAUCUUCGAUUAGAUGUUACUAGCUCGACGUUUAAUUACCUCGCUUUAAAUAGAGUUUCAUCUAACGAUCAAUGUUGCGAAUUGGUAAAGUUUCA